AAGCCCACAACACAGCAGUCCCCCCAGGAUGAGCAGGAGAAGCUGCUGGAUGAAGCCAUCCAGGCCGUGAAGGUGCAGUCCUUCCAGAUGAAGAGAUGUCUGGACAAGAACAAACUGAUGGAUGCUCUGAAACAUGCUUCAAACAUGCUGGGAGAACUCCGGACUUCCAUGUUGUCCCCAAAGAGUUACUACGAGCUUUACAUGGCGAUUUCUGAUGAGCUGCAUUAUCUGGAAGUUUAUUUGACGGACGAAUUUGCGAAAGGAAGGAAAGUAGCAGAUCUCUACGAGCUGGUCCAGUAUGCCGGGAACAUCAUCCCCAGGCUGUAUUUGCUGAUCACUGUCGGCGUUGUCUAUGUGAAAUCCUUUUCCCAGUCGAGGAAAGACAUCCUGAAAGACAUGGUGGAGAUGUGCCGUGGAGUGCAGCAUCCACUGAGGGGGCUCUUCCUUCGCAAUUAUCUCCUGCAGUGCACCCGCAACAUCCUGCCAGAUGAGGGAGAAGAGACCAAUUUUUACAGUGAGGAAGUCACAGGAGACAUCAGUGACUCAAUGGAUUUCGUGCUUUUGAAUUUUGCCGAAAUGAACAAGCUCUGGGUCCGCAUGCAGCACCAGGGCCACAGCCGGGACAAAGAGAAGAGAGAGCGUGAACGGCAAGAACUACGGAUCCUGGUGGGAACCAACUUAGUCCGGCUCAGUCAGCUGGAGGGAGUAAACGUUGAAAGAUACAAGCAGAUUGUUUUGCCUGGGAUACUAGAACAAGUGGUGAACUGCAGAGAUGCACUUGCCCAAGAAUACCUCAUGGAGUGUAUCAUACAGGUCUUUCCUGAUGAAUUCCACCUCCAAACACUGAAUCCUUUUCUCCGUGCAUGUGCUGAACUUCACCAAAAUGUGAAUGUAAAAAACAUCAUCAUCGCUUUAAUUGACAGAUUAGCGCUGUUUGCGCACAGGGAAGAUGGACCUGGCAUCCCAGCAGAUAUAAAACUGUUCGACAUUUUCUCGCAGCAAGUGGCCACAGUCAUACAGUCUCGGCAGGACAUGCCCUCCGAAGAUGUUGUGUCCUUGCAAGUAUCUCUCAUUAAUCUGGCUAUGAAGUGUUAUCCUGACCGAGUAGAUUAUGUGGAUAAAGUGUUGGAGACUACUGUGGAAAUAUUUAACAAGCUGAACCUUGAACACAUUGCCACCAGCAGCGCCGUCUCCAAGGAGCUCACCCGACUUCUGAAGAUUCCCGUGGACACGUACAACAAUAUUUCUGACUGUGCUAAAGCUCAAACACUUCCAUCCGCUGUUCGAGUACUUUGACUAUGAGUCUAGAAAGAGUAUGAGCUGCUAUGUGCUAAGCAGUGCCUUGGAGCACAACACAGAGAUCGGCUCUCAGGAACAGGUGGAUGCUAUCAUGAAUUUAGUGUCAACACUGAUCCAAGACCAACCAGACCAGCCAGCCGAAGACCCCGAUCCAGAGGACUUUGCAGAAGAGCAGGGCCUUGUGGGCCGCUUUAUUCACCUAUUGAGGUCGGAUGAUCCCGAUCAACAGUACCUGAUCCUGAAUACUGCUCGGAAGCACUUUGGUGCUGGCGGGAACCAGCGAAUACGCUACACGUUACCCCCUUUAGUGUUUGCAGCCUAUCAGCUCGCUUUCCGAUACAAAGAAAAUUCCAAAGUGGAUGACAAGUGGGAUAAAAAGUGUCAGAAGAUCUUCUCGUUUGCGCACCAGACCAUCAGCGCCUUAAUUAAAGCCGAACUGGCCGAGCUGCCCCUCCGACUCUUUCUCCAAGGGGCACUGGCAGCCGGGGAAAUUGGAUUCGAGAACCACGAGACGGUAGCCUACGAAUUCAUGUCUCAGGCCUUUUCACUGUAUGAGGACGAGAUCAGCGACUCCAAGGCUCAGCUGGCAGCCAUUAUCCUCAUCAUCGGAACCUUUGAGAAGAUGAAAUGCUUCAGUGAGGAGAACCACGAACCACUGAGAACGCAAUGCGCUCUUGCAGCCUCCAAACUUUUGAAGAAGCCAGAUCAGUGCAGAGCCGUAAGCACAUCGGCCCACCUCUUCUGGUCCGGGCGCAACACGGACAAGAACGGCGAGGAGAUUCACAGUGGCAAACGCGUUAUGGAGUGUCUGAAGAAGGCUCUGAAGAUUGCUAAUCAGUGCAUGGACCCUUCCCUUCAAGUACAGCUCUUCAUAGAAAUCCUCAACAAAUACAUCUACUUCUACGAGAAGGAAAAUGAUGCGGUCACCAUCCAGGUCCUGAACCAGCUUAUCCAGAAGAUUAGAGAAGAUCUCCCAAACCUGGAGUCCUGCGAAGAGACAGAACAGAUCAACAAACACUUUCACAACACCCUGGAGCACUUGCGUCUACGGAAAGAGUCCCCGGAAUCAGAAGGACCUGUUUACGAGGGUCUUGUCCUUUAA